UCAGUGUUGGUUGUAGGUGUUGCUGUUGCUGAAGAAGGGGGUGGAAGCUCGGUUUGCUAGUCGUCUAAAACUCAACCGACACAGAAACCGAGAGCUUGAGAGCCAACACGGAUUUUCUUUGGGAUAAACGCACAGGCCUCGCUGCUAAAACGUCAGGCCUCCCCAUCGUACUACAGCUACAAACCAGGGAAAGCGCUAUCCGCCCCUUCCGCAUACAUAAGAGACACCUACGAUUGGCUGGUGUCGCUGUGAUUGACAUUGACAUCCCUCCCAUCCAGAAAGCACAGUCAGUUUAUUCUGUCUUGGACUCCUGGCCACGGAUGGCUGUCAGGAUUCGUACUCGUGGUUUCCGGUCGACGGGGGGAACGCUUUUCUGUCACGCCACUCGGGAGCGUUUUUCUCUUUUGAUGCCCCAUUCUAGGCGGUACGCAUCGUCGGAGCGGGCCAGCCGCAGCAGCUAUCAGGACCGCUAUCGCGAGCGUGACCGAGAGCGAGGGAGAAAGCCCAGACACCGGCGCUCGCGAACCUUCUCCUCAAGCAGCGACCGAGAAAGGAGGGGACGAGUACACAGGCAGGAGGCCACCUACGCACGCUCCAGGAGCUACGACAACCGUUCUGUGGACAGGAGGCCAUACGACAGGCGCUACGGAGAAGGCUACCGGCGUCAGGAGCACGAACGAGAACGUGAACGUGAGCGACUGUCUCCGGACGACUACCACUCCCGCGACCCUUCCACCAAUUAUGACUACCGCCGCAUGCACCAACGCCACAAAGGCAGCAGGCGUAAGCACAAACGAAGGCGGCGUAGAACCAGGUCCUAUAGCCCAUCCUCCUCGCGGAGUGCCAGUGGGACGCGGCCGCUAUGUGUGAGGGACGACGAGGAGGGUCACCUGAUCUGUCGGAGUGGCGACGUCCUGCAAGAGAGAUAUGAAAUUGUCGGCACUUUGGGUGAGGGAACGUUCGGAAGGGUGAUGGAAUGCAUUGACCAUCGCAGAGGUGGAUCCCAUGUGGCUCUGAAAAUCAUUAAAAAUGUUGAAAAGUACAAGGAGGCCGCGCGACUGGAGAUCAAUGUACUGGAAAGGAUCAAUGAGCGAGACCCUGAAAACAAAAAUCUAUGUGUACGGAUGUUUGACUGGUUUGACUACCACGGCCACAUGUGUCUCAGCUUUGAGCUGUUAGCACUCAGCACCUUUGACUUCCUGAAGGAGAACAAUUACCUGCCUUAUUCCAUCAGCCAGGUCCGACACAUGGCCUACCAGCUCUGCCUAUCCGUCAAGUUUCUGCAUGACAACAAGCUGACCCACACAGAUUUAAAACCAGAGAAUAUUCUCUUUGUCAACUCGGAUUUCACCAUGACAUACAACAUAGAGAAGAAGAGAGACGAGCGUACAGUGAAGAGCACUGCAGUGAGGGUAGUAGAUUUUGGCAGUGCUACAUUUGACCAUGAACACCACAGUACAAUCGUCUCCACCAGGCACUAUCGUGCACCUGAGGUUAUUCUCGAAAUGGGUUGGAGCCAGCCGUGUGAUGUGUGGAGUAUUGGCUGCAUCCUCUUCGAGUAUUACCUUGGCUUCACACUUUUUCAGACUCAUGAUAACAGGGAGCACUUAGCCAUGAUGGAGAGGAUAUUGGGUCCUGUCCCUUCCAGGAUGAUCCGCAAAACGAGAAAGCAGAAGUACUUUUACCGUGGACGUCUCGACUGGGAUGAAAACUCCUCAGCGGGACGAUAUGUUCGGGAGAACUGCAAGCCCUUGCGACGGUACAUCCUGUCGGAGGCUGAGGAGCAUCACCAACUGUUCGACCUGAUUGAGGCCAUGCUGGAGUAUGAGCCGCCAAAGCGCAUCACUCUUGCUGCAGCGCUCAGGCAUCAGUUCUUCCAGAGUCCCAUCCCUGCUAGUGAGCAGACAUCAGGAAAGCCUUGGGAGGCCAAUCGUGACAUUAGCCGGCAAACCUCACUGACCAAGUAGUUUUAAGGUGGAUACGAAUUGUCGGGUUAUACUGCCGUGUCUGCUUUAAAGUAUUUAAGGGUGAUACAGGACUUUGUCUUAAGUUGGAACUGGUUACAGUAGUUUCGUAUUAGGAACUCAUGGGUACAUUAAGUACCAUAGGAUGCCAUUUCAAAGGUAACUCUCAAACACAGUCUUCCACACAUCAAGGACAAGAUGGAAAGAAAAUGUGUCCAGACACAACGCACGUGGAAAAGCUUAAGAGCGAAUGUGUUGUUGCCUAUAUAACCAUUAAUAGGUUUGAAACGGGCAUAAUGGAGAGAACAUCUUUGAGUCAUAUCUGUUGUAGCAAAACCCAAACAAGGUUUUUUUUUUUGUUUGUUUUCGAGAAGCUUUGGGGAAAAACAUGAAUGUAAACAUGAAGAAAAGCACCAAACUGGCUGCAUUGUUUGCAUUGGAUUCCAUUGUAUUUGGACACUGAGCCUGAAUUACGGUCUCCUGCUUAGUCGUAUUUUUAUCGGACAGACAAUAGCUGAAGAGCUGUUUUGGCAUAGACACACUCCUUGAUCCUAGAUCUGUCAGUCUCAUUCAAACAGAAGCUACUAUUCUAUGUAGCUACGUGUUGCGUGUGUGUCGUCCCCCCCCGUGUGACUGCUACAUCCACACACACACACAUACACACGUGUAUUUUCUAUUGAAGCCUUUUGUCCUUGUGAUCAAGCACAGACCUUUUGUGUUCUGUGUCAUUCUUGCCAGCACAGGUUUACAGUAUUUAUUUGAAUCAGCAUUAUUUUUGUUUCGUGUUUUUAUAUGAAGCUAAAGGUGUAUAUGUGUAUAUACAAAUAUAUAUGUAUCAAUGACUGUAUAGAAUAAAGGCUCUGUCUGUCUGCCUGACGUUUGUUAAAGUCGUGGCAGCUUUACAGGCAGAAAACAGCA